CGCUUCCGUUGAUCUCUCGAGUGUCGCAACCGUCUUUCGCUCUCCGGUCUCUGCUCCGCGAGGGAGAAGGGGAUGGCGGAGGGGAAGGGGGAGAGAGAGGAUGUGGCGAUACUCCUUGGCAAGGGUCUGCAGCCUCCCAUGCGACGAACGACGAGCAUGAUGGUGUUCUCCGCGACCAAUUUUGCGGCCGCCUCCGCCGCGGCAGAUUGGCGAGAGGGCAUCCGUCGCAGUGAGCAGAAUAGAGCAGCAACGUUUGAGAUGCCGCCGAGGAUCGUCCAGCGGCGGAGCUUCAACGACUUCCGGACGUUGGAGACGACCGCCCAAUUCCUUAUGGCCUGCGGCCGCUGCAAUCGCCGCCUCGGCCCUGGAUCCGACACCUUCAUUUAUCAGGGCGAAAUUGCAUUUUGUAGCCUUGAGUGCAGAGAGCAUAAGAUGUGCCAAGACAAGAAUAUAAAUAAGCGCCUGACGCCCAAGAAGACCGAUGCUUCCUCGUCAACUAAAGCUUCAGAAACACCUGGCAGUGGCGAAAUGGCUAUUGCUGCUUAAGCCGAGCAAGAAUCUGCUUUCCAAGUGCCAAACUUUGGUGGAUAUCAGUUUUGAAGUGGCAGUGAGGACACUCUGGUCGCCUCAAAAGAUUGAAGAUUCAUUCUCUUUGAUGCUCUGGCCACCUCAAAAGAUCAAAGAAUUUUUUUCACUUUGAUGCUACUUGUCCCAACAUCCAUCCCUUUUGAUAUUUUGAUACGAUGGGUUCGAAUAGAUGUAAUCAGGUUCAUCUCUCGCAGGGAAUUCCUGUUGUUUUUUGGGUAUUAAAAUGAAAACUCAAAUAAUAUAGGAACACCAAAGUCUGUUUUCUGUGAUGAACUUGUGAUAUCAAAGACAUUUAUACUGUUCUCUACCACAA